AUGCAGGCCUAUCUUCAGUACCGCCGCAUUGGCCAUGCCGUGCGCAAACAACUCGAAGAUUUCCCGGAGUUUGCCCGACGAGGUGUCGCCAAAGAUGACCUGCCGGAGGGGAUCCCCGGAGACGCUCCUAACACAGGUCCACGCCGCCGUUCUAGUCCGUUGCUGCCAGGUGUGCAGCUGAAGGACGUAGUUGAGAGUGAUGGCACCUCCUCAUCCGUCUUUCUCGUCGACUGGGACGGUGACCAUGAUCCCAUCAAUCCGCGCAACUACAGCCGCGCCACCCGCAUCGGCGCAACCCUGAUGGUGUCCGCCCUGGGUUUCGCCGUCGGUGCGGCCUCAUCUAUCGAAUCCGGCGUGCUUCCCCAGAACGCAGCAGCCUUUCACGUCAGUGACGUCGUCGCAUCGCUCGCAACGGGUAUGUAUCUGCUCGGCUUCGCAGCAGGCUCGCUCGUCUCCGGGCCCCUGUCCGAAAUCCUAGGCCGCAACGCCGUUUACACCGGCUCCCUCACGCUCUUCAUGAUCUUCGUUAUGGCUUCAGGACUAGCCCCCAAUAUCGGCGCACAGCUCGCUUUCCGCUUCCUGGCUGGCAUCUUCGGCUGCCCGCCGCUGACUUGCGCCGGCGGUACCAUCGCCGACCUCUGGAACCCCCUGGAGAAAACGCUCUUCUUCCCUCUCUACGCUAUCCUCUCCUUCGGCGGGCCCGUCCUCGGCCCCGUCAUCGCUUCCUAUAUGGGCGAGGGCACGCUCUCCUGGCGCUGGACCAACUGGAUCAUCCUCAUCCUGGCAGGUUUCAUCCUGGCCCUGAUCCUCCUGGUGCAGCCCGAGACCUACGGCCCCCUACUCCUGAAAUGGAAGGCACACCACCUCCGCCACCAAACAGGCGACAACCGCUACCGCUCCUCGAUGGAUCUCCAGGAGACAGCUCUGUUCUCGCGCAUCGGAACCGCCUGCAUGCGACAAUUCGCCCUGACCAUCCACGAACCCAUCAUCCUGCUGAUCUCGCUCUACAUGACCGUCAUCUACAUCGUGCUCUUCACCUUCUUCGACGGAUACACGUACAUCUUCCCCGACGUGCACGGCCUGUCCCAGGGCCUAACCAACAUCGUCUGGGUCGCCAUGUACGUCGGCAUCUCGAUGGCCGGCCUUUUCGUCCCCGUCGUGUACGUCUGGACAAAGCGCGAAUUCUCCGACGCGGCUGCAUCCGCUGCUGCAUCUGCAGCGGCGUCCCCCCGAUCGGCCAGUUCGGAAAUAGUCGCUGCCGAUCCCAACGCCAACGCCGAUACCAAUGAGAAACCCAACCUCGACGACCCUACUACUACCACCGACGACGAUGACACUCAAAAGCCCACCCAGCAACAGCAGCACAAACACGUCGCUCGUCCUGAGAACCGUCUCUGGUUCGCCAUGCUCGGCGCUCCCGCCAUUCCCAUCGGCUUAUUCUGGAUGGGAUGGACUGACUACAGCACUAUCUCAAUCUGGUCCCCCAUCAUCGCCUCCACCGUCUUCGGCUUCGGCACCAUCUGCGUCUUCAUCUCCUCAUACAUGUACGUCAUCGACGCAUACGACAUCUACGCCGCCUCUGCGCUGGGCUUCAUGACAGUGUCGCGCUACUGCGCCGCAGGCGGGAUGACGGUCGUGGGCAUCCCGUUUUAUAGUAAUAUGGGGGUGCAUUGGACGUUGACGAUCCUGGGGGCGAUUAGUGCGUUGAUGACUCCCGUCCCGUAUGUGUUUUAUCGGUAUGGUGUGGUCAUCCGCGGGUGGAGUCGGUAUGCUGUUUAA